UCUCCACGUUAGGUACUGAAACCCCACCAACAGAGGACCACUGUCCGUGCUGCUCCGGUAGGAACACAACACAGCCACGGAAUCAGGAUAAGACUGAUAGCAACUAAGUAUCGGCUUCCGAGACGGUUUCCUCUGGCAAAAGGGAACAACUGGACGUAGAGGGCUCUUUUUUUUACAAGAGGUCGCGAGCUAUAACUGCCGUUGCCGCUUACAGCUACGACACUGCUCGAGCUGCUGCUGAAGGAGUCAAGUGCGGUGAACUUUCAUUUUGUCGCUGUUUCAGAUUUCUAAACUUUCUCAGGGUACAUUUGAAUGCACCCGAAUAGGCAUUAACACGACAUGAGUUCAUUUACCCACUGUAUUUGAACAUGUCAGCAGUACAUUAUUUACUCAAAAGCAUUUAUGGGUUAUGCCCACUUUGCUGAUAGUGGGCACUGCUGGAGACAUUGUUGCUCUUUUGAAGUGCACUUUCAAGGUUACUAACAGGGCAGCGACUUUGAUGUUAAUUAAAUGAGUCGGGCGCUCUAGUGGGUAACUCCCGCUAGAGAUAACAGAGCACAGUAGUCAAAGAAAGGUGAGACGGACUGUUAACGCUGUUAAAACAACUUAAAGGAGAAACCUGCAUGGAGGUUCACAUAUGACAAGUCGCCGACAUUUAUUGAGGGUCAGUUUGUAGUGCGGCUCUGGCUGUAAGACUGAAAUGGGGCUCUUUUCCAGGAUACAAGUGCACAGUUGAAGACCGUCGUAUAAUUGUCACUUGGGAAUAGUUUACAACCAUUGUAUCAGUAGGCUACUGUAACAACCUUUCAAAGACACCCUAGUUUAUCCUCUGGGAUUGAACCACUACUGAUUCCCCUCGCGCCCGGACCAUGGCCUCCUCCUCGCCGAACAGCUGCUUCUGGUUGCUCUGGAGACGCACCUUCCUCGCGAUGGGGCUGUGCGCGCUCGUGGCGCGUGGAGCAGCGGAGGGUGACAGCGCCUUCAACUCAGAGUCAUGGCUGAAGAUGUACGGUUACCUGCCCCAGGCCAGCAGACAGAUGUCCACCAUGCGAUCGGCUCAGAUCCUGUCCAAUGCGAUCAGCGACAUGCAGCGCUUCUACAGCCUGCAGGUCACUGGACAGAUGGACCAACAAACAGUCAGUGCCAUGAGGAGACCCCGCUGUGGUGUGCCUGACAAGUUUGGAGGCCCGAUCAAAACCAACGUGCGGCGGAAACGCUACGCCCUCACGGGGCAUAGAUGGAACAAGAGCCACCUCACUUACAGUAUCCAGAACUACACUCCCAAGAUUGGAGAGUAUAACUCAUACGAAGCCAUCCGUCGGGCGUUUAAAGUCUGGCAGCAGGUGACCCCAUUGACCUUUGACGAAAUCCCCUACCAGGAGAUCAAAUAUGGACGCCGCAAGGAGCCCGACAUUAUGAUCUUUUUCGCUUCGGGUUUCCAUGGAGACAGCUCUCCUUUUGAUGGGGAGGGAGGCUUCCUAGCUCACGCCUACUUCCCUGGACCUGGAAUGGGCGGGGACACACACUUUGACUCCGAUGAACCAUGGACCAUAGGAAACCAUAACGUACAAGGUAACGACCUCUUCCUGGUUGCAGUCCAUGAGCUGGGCCACGCCCUUGGUUUAGAGCACUCCAACAACCCACUGGCCAUCAUGGCUCCCUUUUACCAGUGGAUGGAGACGGAGAAUUUCCAACUGCCAGAUGACGACCUGCGAGGCAUCCAGCAGAUCUAUGGUCAGCAGAACAGCAGCCCCACCGUGGCCCUGCCCACCGUGACGCCUCGUCGCCCGGAGCCCCGCCCCCCACAAACUCCCCCCCGUCAUCCUGACCACCCCAGGACCACUGAGAGACCGGAUCACUACGGGCCCAAUAUCUGUGAAGGGAACUUUGACUCUGUGGCCAUGCUCCGAGGGGAGAUGUUUGUUUUCAAGGGUCGGUGGUUCUGGCGCGUGCGCAGGAACAGGGUCCUGGAUAACUACCCCAUGCCCAUCGGUCACUUCUGGAGGGGGCUGCCUGGAGACAUAGACUCUGCCUACGAGAGACACGACGGCAGGUUCGUCUUCUUUAAAGGAACCAGAUUCUGGCUCUUCAGGGAGGCUAACCUGGAACAGGGCUAUCCAAUGGAGCUGGUCGAUUAUGGCCUAGGUAUUCCCUAUGACCGAAUAGACACAGCCAUCUGGUGGGAGCCAUCCGGCUACACCUAUUUCUUCCAAGGAGACAGGUACUGGCGUUUCAACGAGCAGUCCCGCCACACGGACCAAGGAUACCCGAAACCAAUCAGCGUCUGGGGAUCCUCAGUACCCUCCUCCCCCAAGGGGGCCUUCCUCAGCGAUGAUGGAGCGUACACCUUCUUCUACAAGGGUUCCAAGUACUGGAAGUUUGACAACCACCGCAUGAAGAGCGAGCCGGGCUACCCCAAGUCCAUCUUGAGAGACUUCAUGGGCUGCAGUGCGGACCAGGACCCAGACCGAGACACGGACGCAGACGCGGGGCGCAAAUACCCCGACGUCAACCGGCCCCCGUUCAACCCCGACGCAACUGGACGCGACGGAGACAAGGGCAAAGACGGGGAUCGUGACGGGACGGACAACGACACGGGCAAAGGGUCGGACGGCGACAAAGACGAGGACUACCGGGAGGGCCGCGAGGAAGACACCAACGAGGUGGACGUGGUGCUGAAGGUGGACGACAGCGAGGAGCGGACCAUGAACAUCCUGAUGGUGACCAUCCCUCUGGUCCUGGUGCUGUGCAUCCUGGGACUCGUCUACGCCAUCAUCAACACGCUGCAGAGCAAAGGGGCUCCACGGCUGCUGGUGCACUGCAAGCGCUCGCUGCAGGACUGGGUCUGACCCUGAACAAGGGCAGAAACUGAACUUUGAACUUAAAUUGGAACCUUAGACACUGCGCUCCUCUAAUCCAAGCCUCUUUCCACCGACCCAUCCGUCUCUGGCAACUCUUAGAACCUGUGGUAGUAGAUCCAAUACUGUACACAAACACUAGAAGCAAGCAUUAAUGAUGUCUUACUUAUACACAAACACACCAUCCUAACCUCCUCCCGUCUCCCAUGGUGCUCUACAAUGCGUCGACUGUAGUCUAUUUAUAUGAGAGAAGUUUGCACAUUGUUUUUUUUUAUUAUUUCUGUUCAUUUUGUGUGACAUUUUGUUAUAAUUAUUAUUAUUUCUAAACCAGGAAGGCUGUUCAAUUCUCCGCCUCUUUAUAUACCGCCUUCCCCCCCUCGUCUAAUCUUAGCAGGCUCUUUGUCCUCGCCGAUACCUUCACAUCUGCUCAUGCUAUCACAGUCGGCACAAAGAAAAUGCGAAGGGUUAGUAAAGAAAAACGGACCACUAUGCUUCAGGAAGGGUUCAGUAGAUUGUCUUCCCCUUCUCACCGUCUUCUUCUCUAUGUCUUCGCCUGUUUCUGCGGUACAGUUUGUCAUGUCAGUCCAAUACAGUGGUUAAAACAAUCCCUCUAACAUGGGGUCUAUUUAAAGAAAAAGUGAAAUAUUGUGGGAAAUACACUUAUUUGUAAAGGCAUUUUUUGUUAGCAAAUAGAAAUUGUGGCUUCGAAAAUAUGGCCUAAGUGGAAUCAACAGUAUCCUUAUCCUUUACAUUCAGAGUACCACUGCCUUGUUUUCAGUCUUCAUCUAUAGCACAAUAGGUCUGCCUUCUUUUGUGUCCUUAUUUGGAGAGCAUUUAAAGUCCUCUUUGGCUGAAAGGCCUCAGACUUUAUCUCUUCCUUUAACCAUCAUUUAUGAGGCUAAUUCUCAGAGAGCUUCCUUUCUGUCAGCAGAAAUAUAUUUUCUUUGCACAGGAGAGGAGAGAGACUAAUGGUCCAUUUAAAAAGUCAGCUCAGUGUGAAAUAACACGGGAGAAGUAGCAUUCAUUGCAUCUUUGACAUAAAACCAUGGCGAAACAAAAGAAGCCCUGGCCUUUAACUCAAGAACAGGAAGUAGCAGCACACAUGUAACCCAGCGGUCUGAGGGUGCAGCUAAUGUACCGUGCACUCUGUAAUGGACUUUUUUACUGCUCGUGUUUUUUUCAAUUGAAGUAGGUUCGCACAUGACCUGGGGUCUAUCUAUUGUAAAUACUGGAGCUGUGAGCACCAGGGUGGGCUUCAUGUGAACACAGACUAAUCCUGUUCAUUAAGAAACAGCAGGUGUGUGCAAAUGCUGUUAACCCCUGCGACCCCUAAACUAAACCUUGAACUCCCAGAAACAAAACACUCUCCUCUCCCUUUUCAUCUUGCGGGAAGUGUAGUGUGGGCAGAAUAAAAAUGUCCAAUUCAACUACUCAUUAUAAAAGUUAAAAAAAAGAUUCCUGGCAGCCAUUGGUUUCCAUUUAUUUUGGAGUGUAUAAAAAUCACAGACACACAAAUGCAAAAAUAAGUCACUCAGAUGGAUGAUAUAACUCAAGAAGGGUUUUCGCAAUACAUGUGGUAUUAAUAAUACAAAUGUAAAUAAUGAUAUGAUGUCAACAUACACAUGACAUGUCAAUAAUAGAACCACUUAAAUAAUUGCAGCUUAUUUUCUGUUUUUGGGGUUUAUUGGUUAAUCAAGUUGCCUUUUCACUAUCUAAGUGAAACACUUUUGUACAGUUAUUCUUGCCUAUCACUAGUGGUGUUUUGAGUGUAAUUAAGAUGCCAACGAAGAGACAUAACGCACAAAAAACAAAGUGAAAAAUGAAUAUGAAUUAAAAAUAUACAUUUUCUUAAUUGAUGCAGCCGCAUAGCUUACUCACACUGGGGCUCAGACCUGUUGACCCUUUGCAUCUGUCCUAAAAAUGUAUCUAAAAAACAUUUUGUAUAGAUAUUGCAACAGGCCAACUUGAACAUCUGAUAUCAUGAUAGAUCCACACUCAGUCGUUUUUUUUUAAUUCAAAUACAGAAUUUUGUACUGUAAAGAAAUGAAUGGAAACCUAUGGCUGCCAUGGAAACAUUAAUAGAAGAAAAAGGCGUAAGAACAAUGUGAAUAAUCUAAUCAUUACUCGAUGUUCUAGAAAAAUCUGAUCAAUAAGAGUCUAGAAACCGGCCUCAGAUGAGAGAGAGUGUAGGAGUGCAGCUUCAAUAUGAAUAGGAGGAAGCCUUAUCUGACGGCGCAUUAAGGACCAAACUGCCAAUCUGAGCAGACGGGUCUCAGCUGGAUCAGGUUACAGAUGUGGACGGGGGGUUGAGGAGACACAAGAGAAAGGGGGGAGGGACGCUGACCUCGUCUCCCUGAGCUCUCACAGCUUGGAUCACAGGAAUAAGGAGGGGUGAGAGAGAGAGGGAGAUAGGGGACUUUGAUGGCUCUAUCCCACUGGCAACAGCUCAUGUGACCCAAAUUCUCCUGCUAGCUCAACCGCAGUGCUAGCCAAAGAGGAAACUUUAGCCUACAGGAGGUGACAGUCUUUUGCUGUAUGUGCUUAGUAGCUGUGAAGAGACCCCAUCACAUGUUUAAAAAAGUGCUAAAAAGAUUAAUACAUUUGGGAAAUAUUAAGUGAAUCGGGAACUAUUAUUAUUUUGAUAUCAAAAUAUUUGAUUGACUGAUUAAGGAAAAAGUUAAAUGAUUUGACUCCAGCUUUCUAAAUCGGAUGCUUAAGUAGUUUCUGUUCUCCUCUACUUUGAGUUGUGGGGAAAAAAUUGAAAUACCCAGAAAAUAAAUGACAGAUUAAUCAACAAAGACAAUAAGUAGAUGCAGUGAUAGUUUAAAAACCUGCUUACCAAUUCCAGCUGCCCCUCACAAUUUUGCUUCGUCUGCUUUCCUUCAGUGCCAGUCAGACUGUAUGCUGACAGACGGUGCGGAAACACAACACCGCUGUUCUCUUACUUCACCUCCAGCUGCAGGUGCAGACAGGUUGAGGUGGGACACCGCUCAGAAGGAGGUAAAGUUAACAGGACACUUGCUGAGUGGAAGAAAAGGAAGAGCAUAAUCUUCCGUCACCAGAAGUCUGCAGAUUGAUCUGUGGCCGGUCAAUAGCGGUUGCCAGGAAACGGUGUCCUGUGUCCAUCACUCACCUCCUCUCCAUCAGGGUUGGAGGGGGAGGGGGAUUGGCGGACGUAGCUAAUCAGUGUUAAAAGCCCCCCCCCAAACCCCCUCUGCUUUCUCCUCCCCUGUCCUGCUCUUCCUACAGGCACAUCAAUAGACCGCCCCGUGUCUGGACAGGCUCAGAAAAUGUCGACUCAUUGUAUUAGAGGCAACGCUUUGUGUGGAGUUGUUAUUAUCAGUUCUCCUUUGUGACCUCCACACAGCAAGCCCACAUGCAGUUAACCACGUUAAAGUUUAAAACAUUAAUUGUACUGGCGUUUCUUUACUUUAAAUCAUAAUAAUAAUAAUAAUAAUAAUAAAUGGAAUUUAUAAAGCGCCUUUCACGGGACCCAAGGUCGCUGAAAUCAUAUUUUUUUUUGCCAGUUUGAGAGCUCUUUUUUGGCAGAAGUGCGUCCUUUUGCAUGGUUUGGCAAUUUUAACCGUCAAAAACUUGUGUGUAGAACGCUGGACACUUCUCACACUCAACAAUCGUCAUUUUAGCAAAGGUUGGAUAUGUAGCAGAAGUCGGCUACCAGCAGUGGUUGCUGGAAUCAAAAAAGCAGAUAAAGGUUUUGCUAAGUAAAAGUUAUACCUUUGUUUUUUUCAGUAUUUAAUAAAGGUAAUACUAUACUAGUGUCAAAAAUGUGCCCCCGUUAAUUUUAUUGGGUGAAUUAUGCGUCGUCAUUAUCAGAAACGGAUGACCGUAUAGGCUACCACACGGCCCCGUUGGA